GUUAUAGUGAAACACAAUUAGCUACAGAAAUACUUACAUGUGAGAAUGAAAACAUGCUUAAUAUUGCACCUCAAACUGAUUUAAUUAUAAUUAAAAGAUGGCUAGAAGAUGUGCAUCCAACAGGUGGUUUAGAUAUUACAGAACCAAGUAGAAGACAAAAUGUAUUGGAAGCAUUUUUCAAAAUUCGUAAACAUUUUUUGCAAUAA